GAUUCAUUUCUAGCACUAGUCUUGUCUAGUGCCAUUAACCUUGUAUAGCCGUUGUCCUUUUGUACAAACAGGUAUCAUGGCGUGGGCACACAUUCCACAUUGAUUGGGACCGGAGCGUGCAGUGGCUAAGGCGUGGCGUCAUGUCACAGGAUGCGCGAACGCUGACGUACCAUAAAGCACAUCAUUACGCGGUACCUUCAGUGAUCAGAUCUCUGCUGACCAGGCGCGUGUCGCAUUUCUGCCAAGCUUAUAUGCAUGAAUACCAAACUUGACCUUCGCAUCGCAACACCUCGCAUCCAAGCAGAACGACUUCAAUGGCCGACGCAGAACCACCACCGGGUCCACCCCCACCAACCGUACCAGCUGGUUGGAAAGCUGUGUGGAACAGUGCGUUUCGAAUGGUUCUACGUCAACAUCUAUACCAAGAAAUCACAAUGGGACAAACCUACUGAACCAAUCUUCCCUCCCGGCAAUAAUGACCUUGCGCCCGAGGGCCCACCUCCUUCAUAUGCUGGCGGUCCCACUCAACCUCUCCACGGCGAGAAGACAGGUUUAAGCAGCAACAACCCUUACGCAAGCCCCGCUGGUCCUGGCGGCGCAUCCGCUUCGCACGACAUCAGUGAAGACGAGCGUCUUGCCCGGCAACUCCAAGAUGAAGAGAACGCGCGCGCCGGAGGCCGUCCUAAUAGCCGGGGUGCUGCAGAUGGCUACUACAAUGCGCCUCAAGGUGCCGGGUAUCAGCAAGGGUAUCCACAAGGACAGCAGUAUGCGCCACCACAGCAGCCGUAUGGACAGCAGGAUCCAUAUACGGGGCAGUAUGAGGGCGAUAAGGGGAAGAAGAAGGGUGGCUUGUCCGGGCUGUUGGGCAAGUUGAAGGGGAGCUCGGGUGGAUCGAGGCCGCAUUCGUAUGGGCAGUCGGCGUACGGUACGCAGCCGGGGUAUGGUGCUGCGCCGUAUGGACGACCUAUGGGCGGAGGUAUGCCUAUGAUGGGUGGUGGGAGGAGACCGGGGGGUCUAGGCGCCGGCGGUGGCAUGGCUCUCGGAGCUGCGGGAGGCUUGGCUGGCGGUGAGUUGCAUCCCCGAGCUGUGCUUGUGUCCCUAAUGAUCAUGUUCAUACACCUCAGAGAGGUGUAGUCGAGUGAACAACCUGAUCCCAGGGCCACUUGCUCUCUCACUGCGUCUCAAUCGUC